GCCGCGGUGUGGCAUACCGCACGAUUGCCACGGCCUGAGGGAGGCUGGAGUUGGAACCAGCCGGGCAAUCCUCGCUCAAAGCCGCGCGCAUCUUCCUUCCUUAGGCACCAUUGUACCGGCGACCGCUAAAUCCCAGUGAGCUCUGUGCCGGGCGAGGCCAGAUCAGCCCUUGCCUCCCCUCCUCCGGAUUUUUUCUCCUUGCGCCUAUGGGGACCACGAGCUAGCGGGCUAGCUAGGGCGGUGUGAGCCCGUGGGAGCUGCCAGCCCAGCCCCUAGCAGCGGCAGCCGCACCAGCAACUGCACUCACACUGCAUCUGGGGAGCCGAGUGUAUGAGUGUGGAUCUGUGAGAGAGAGCGUGUGCGUGAGGGGGAGAGCAAAGACGUGAUUACUUCAGAAUUUAUUUAAGGGCCGGUGGAAACCACUGCAGCAGCAUCCAGGGGAAGCCCCUGCCUGCCCGAGAGAACGAGGAGGCGCAUCAAGAACGAGCAAGGGGAAAAGGCGAUGCCUUAGCAGCCCCCCGGACCCCAGUUUCAGCACAACGCGCGCAAGCAGCAGCAAUGAUGUGUGAAGUGAUGCCCACGAUAAAUGAGGACACCCCAAUGAGUCAAAGGGGUUCCCAAAGUAGUGGCUCAGACUCAGAUUCCCAUUUUGAGCAGCUGAUGGUGAAUAUGCUUGAUGAAAGGGAUAGGCUUCUAGAAACACUUCGAGAGACACAGGAAAGCUUGUCACUUGCACAGCAAAGACUUCAGGAUGUCAUCUAUGAUAGAGACUCACUCCAACGACAGCUUAAUUCAGCCCUUCCACAGGAUAUUGAAUCCCUAACAGGAGGAUUGGCUGGUUCCAAGGGGGCCGAUCCACCGGAAUUUGCUGCUCUGACAAAAGAAUUAAAUGCAUGCCGGGAACAGUUGCUAGAAAAAGAAGAAGAAAUUUCAGAACUUAAAGCAGAGAGAAACAACACAAGAUUAUUACUGGAGCAUUUGGAGUGCCUUGUUUCAAGACAUGAAAGGUCAUUAAGAAUGACAGUGGUGAAAAGGCAAGCCCAGUCCCCAUCAGGUGUUUCCAGUGAAGUCGAGGUUCUCAAAGCCCUGAAAUCUCUGUUUGAGCACCAUAAGGCUUUGGAUGAAAAGGUAAGGGAGCGACUGAGGGUUUCUUUAGAAAGAGUCUCUGCACUGGAAGAAGAACUAUCAGCUGCUAACCAGGAGAUCGUUGCUUUGAGGGAACAAAAUGCUCACAUUCAAAGGAAAAUGGCAUCUGCAGAAGGGACCACAGAGUCAGAACAUAUGGAAGGGAUGGAACCUGGCCAGAAAAUCCAUGAAAAGCGUUUGUCCAAUGGUUCCAUAGACUCAACAGAUGAUACCAGCCAAGUGAUGGAACUACAAGAAUUACUUGAAAAGCAAAAUUAUGAAAUGGUCCAAAUGAAAGAGCGCUUAGCAGCCCUUUCUUCCCGAGUGGGAGAGGUCGAACAGGAAGCAGAAACAGCCAGAAAGGACCUCAUUAAAACAGAGGAAAUGAACACCAAAUAUCAAAGGGAUAUUAGAGAGGCGAUGGCCCAAAAAGAAGACAUGGAAGAAAGAAUCACCACUCUUGAGAAGCGUUAUUUAAGUGCGCAGAGAGAAUCCACCUCCAUCCAUGACAUGAAUGAUAAACUAGAAAAUGAGCUGGCAAAUAAGGAGGCCAUCCUACGUCAGAUGGAAGAGAAGAACAGACAGUUACAGGAACGGCUUGAGUUGGCUGAGCAAAAGUUGCAGCAGACCAUGAGGAAAGCUGAGACCUUACCAGAAGUAGAGGCUGAACUUGCUCAGAGAAUUGCAGCUUUGACUAAGUCUGAUCCAACCUCCUCUACCUCAUCUGAUGAUUAUCAAUAUGUUAUGGAAGCUAAACUACAAGAAUUGAUCUCCAUACGUAGGAAGGCUGAGGAGAGACACGGUAACAUUGAAGAGCGGAUGAGGCAUUUGGAAGGUCAGCUUGAAGAGAAGAACCAAGAACUCCAAAGAGCUAGACAAAGAGAAAAAAUGAAUGAGGAACACAACAAAAGGUUAUCAGACACCGUAGAUCGACUUUUGACGGAAUCCAAUGAACGUUUGCAGCUUCACUUGAAAGAAAGAAUGGCAGCCCUGGAGGAAAAGAAUGUUUUAAUUCAAGAAUCUGAAAGUUUCAGAAAGAAUCUGGAAGAGUCAUUACAUGAUAAGGAGAGAUUAGCUGAAGAAAUUGAAAAGCUGAGGUCAGAACUAGACCAAUUGAAAAUAAGAACUGGCUCUUUGAUUGAACCUACAAUAUCAAGGACACACUUGGAUACCUCAACAGAGCUUCGGUAUUCUGUAGGAUCACUUGUGGACAGCCAGACUGACUACAGGUCAACGAAGGUGAUAAGAAGACCAAGGAGAGGACGUAUGGGAGUCCGAAGGGAUGAACCAAAGGUGAAAUCACUUGGGGACCAUGAGUGGAACCGAACUCAACAAAUUGGAGUACUAAGCAGCCACCAUUUUGAAAGUGACACUGAAAUGUCUGACAUUGAUGAUGAUGAUAGAGAAACUAUUUUUAGCUCAAUGGACCUUCUGUCCCCAAGCGGCCAUUCUGAUGCCCAAACUCUCGCCAUGAUGCUUCAAGAACAAUUAGAUGCAAUUAAUAAAGAAAUCAGGUUAAUUCAGGAAGAAAAAGAGUCCACAGAACUACGUGCUGAAGAAAUUGAGAACAGAGUUGCCAGUGUGAGCUUGGAAGGUCUGAAUCUAGCUAGAGUCCACCCAGGUACUUCAAUCACUGCCUCAGUAACAGCAUCAUCCUUAGCAAGUUCAUCUCCUCCCAGUGGUCACUCCACACCUAAGCUCACUCCCCGAAGUCCAGCCAGGGAGAUGGAUCGAAUGGGAAUCAUGACUCUGCCAAGUGAUCUAAGGAAACAUCGGAGAAAGAUUGCAGUAGUUGAAGAAGAUGGUCGUGAAGAUAAAGCAACAAUAAAAUGUGAAACAUCUCCUCCCCCAACACCAAGAGCCAUCAGAAUGACCCAUACCCUUCCUUCCUCAUAUCACAAUGAUGCCCGAAGUAGUUUGCCUGUGUCCCUGGAACCUGACAGCAUCGGUCUUGGCAGUGCCAAUAGCAGCCAAGAUUCCCUCCACAAAGCCCCCAAAAAGAAAGGAAUCAAGUCUUCAAUAGGUCGCUUGUUUGGUAAAAAAGAGAAGGCCCGGCUUGGACAACUCAGAGGCUUUAUGGAGACAGAAGCUGCAGCACAAGAGUCUCUAGGGUUAGGCAAACUUGGAACUCAAGCUGAGAAGGAUCGGCGACUAAAGAAAAAGCAUGAACUUUUGGAAGAAGCUCGAAGGAAGGGAUUACCUUUUGCCCAAUGGGAUGGGCCCACAGUGGUUGCAUGGUUAGAGCUGUGGUUGGGAAUGCCUGCCUGGUAUGUUGCAGCUUGCCGGGCCAACGUCAAGAGUGGCGCUAUCAUGUCUGCUUUGUCCGACACAGAGAUCCAGAGAGAAAUCGGAAUCAGCAAUCCUCUCCAUCGCCUCAAACUCCGGCUAGCAAUCCAGGAGAUGGUGUCCCUAACAAGCCCAUCCGCUCCCCCAACAUCUCGAACGCCCUCAGGCAAUGUUUGGGUGACCCAUGAAGAAAUGGAAAACCUUGCUGCUCCAGCCAAAACGAAAGAAUCUGAGGAAGGAAGUUGGGCCCAGUGUCCUGUUUUUCUGCAGACUCUGGCUUAUGGUGAUAUGAAUCAUGAGUGGAUUGGUAAUGAGUGGCUUCCCAGCUUGGGAUUACCUCAAUACAGAAGUUACUUUAUGGAAUGCCUGGUAGAUGCAAGAAUGUUAGAUCAUCUGACGAAAAAAGAUCUCCGGGUCCAUUUAAAAAUGGUGGAUAGCUUUCAUAGAACAAGUUUACAAUAUGGAAUUAUGUGCUUAAAGAGGUUGAAUUAUGACAGGAAAGAACUAGAAAGGAGACGGGAAGCAAGUCAACAUGAAAUUAAAGACGUGUUAGUGUGGAGCAAUGACCGCGUGAUUCGCUGGAUACAGGCAAUUGGACUUCGGGAAUAUGCAAAUAAUGUGCUAGAAAGUGGUGUGCAUGGAUCCCUGAUAGCCUUGGAUGAGAACUUUGACUAUAGCAGCUUGGCUUUGCUAUUACAGAUUCCUACACAGAAUACACAGGCAAGACAAAUUCUUGAGAGAGAAUACAAUAAUCUUUUGGCACUGGGGACUGAGCGGCGCCUGGAUGAAAGUGAUGACAAGAACUUCAGGCGUGGGUCAUCAUGGAGAAGACAGUUUCCUCCCCGAGAAGUCCAUGGGAUCAGUAUGAUGCCUGGUUCCUCAGAAACAUUGCCAGCUGGAUUUAGGCUAACCACCACAUCUGGACAGUCUCGGAAAAUGGCCACAGAUGUUGCUUCAUCGAGGUUGCAGAGAUUAGACAGCUCCACUGUUCGCACAUACUCAUGUUGACAAGCCUAUCAAAGGAGGCAGCACUGAACUGCUAUGUCAUCUUUUCAGUCUAUUCUACCUGAAGUGCACUAUCAUCUUAGAAGAGGAGUCGGAAAAACGACUUGGACACUUGAGCCCCUAAGGGAAAAUAAUGACAAGUCAAGGUUUAUUAAGCUGAACAUGUGAUUCUUUUUCCCAUGCAUUGUUUGGUUAGUUCACUAGAAUUGUAAUAAAAUGCUGAAACCAUUUUAAAAAGAAGCAUCCUUUACUCCUGAUGUUUUACAAAAGGGAACCACUCAUUUUUACAUUGUUCCAUCCAUUUUACUGUAAUAUACUAGACAUUUAUGUAUUACUGUGUAUGUAUUUCUUUUAAAAUGUGUAAGUUUUAUGUAAAAAUUGAUAUAAAUAUGAUUUUAUAUAAAAAAAAUCUAUGGUUCAUGGUGUCUGAGUGCAAGCACUUGACAAUUAUCCUGUUUGUAUCUUAUCAUUCCAUUUUUACAGUUUUUGGAUUGUAACAGUCAGAUGAAUAUGUUUAUCGGAGUUAGCUUCCACACAUUUCUCCUUCAAAUCUGUCAAUACUUAAAAGCUGGACACCUGCCUCUGAUCCCAUCUAAACUGAAUGAUUUAACCUGGAAAUAGAGCCAAAAUGGACCUUCAAAGGCAACCUGAAAUGCCCAAUCCCUGUAGAAAACCACUGUGAUGGCUCACUAUCCUUUUCAACACAAAACCAAGCCAACUGUUUACAAAAGCAAUGACUCAAAAACCAAGUUUAUAAGGAACAUUCUCUUUUCUUGUUACCUGUGGACCAAGAAAGAACCUUUCUUUCCUAAUAACCACAUUUUCAUUCUAAGGUCUUCAGUCACCAGCCAGCAUUAGACAGUGAAUCGUAAGCACUGCAAGGAGUCUGAGGCUCAAAUUUCCUACUGUAAAAACAGACAAAAAACACACUGAAAUUCCCACCUCUUCCCCUUCCCCCUUUUUUUGUCAUUUGAACAGGGCAUUAGCCAGACCCAUGACUAAUGUUAUAAGCUUUUAGCCAAGAUGGCCUUGUUGAGACUUCCCUGAAGUCCAUUUUUAUCAGAGGAAAUAACUGAAAGACAGAAUAAUUAACAUAUAUAGUGUAUAAAAAUAUAGAAGAGCAACUCUUCCCUGUGGCUUUAUUUGGUGGUGUGACUGUUGUUUAUUCUUUGUUUACAUGGGAAAUUUCAAAGUACAACCUAUUUAAUAAUACCAUUUACCGAAAUGCUCAUUUUCCACUGCUUGACCUUCUGGAGCUCAAGACCUGUCUUUUAGUUAUUUCUUUUCGCAGUUUAAUUUGCAAUGUUUGCACGUACAUAACAUUUGUUUUGUCGUCUUCUGUUUGGCAGAUUUCAGUAGAAAGGUAAUGGUGAGAGAAUUUCCCCCCAAUUGUCAAUAAAAAAACCAAACAAACUACUUCCACUCUC